CAAGGGUGAAGAUGAGCGGGACGGAGACAGCGCCAGACUCUCUAUCUGCUAUUGCCUCAGUCCAGCCCGGUCCGGCCCCAGAGAGUAAGCCCAGCCCGGCAAACAUUCCCAAACCCGGGCCUGCCGCGGCCUCUGCAGCUGCUCUACCCGGGAGGGACACGGGGGAGCGAAGAGCCAGCGUCCCUGCAUCAGCGGCUGCUGCCCCCUCCGAGGGAUCCCUCUCUAAUGGCGUGUACCUGCCCCCGGGGGUGGCAAAUGGCGAUGUCAAACCUGUCAUUUCCACUACCCCCCUGGUGGAUUUCCUGAUGCAGCUGGAGGACUAUACCCCUACGAUCCCAGAUGCCGUCACUGGAUAUUACCUGAACCGGGCCGGGUUUGAAGCAUCCGACCCACGCAUAAUCCGGCUGAUCUCCUUGGCAUCUCAGAAGUUCAUCUCUGACAUUGCAAAUGACGCCUUGCAGCACUGUAAGAUGAAGGGGACGGCCUCCGGGAGCUCUCGCAGCAAAAGCAAGGAUAAGAAAUACACUCUCACUAUGGAAGACCUGACUCCGGCGCUGGCGGAAUAUGGCAUCAACGUAAAGAAGCCGCACUAUUUCACCUAGCGCUUCGGCCCAGCGGGCUUUCCCGUAUCCCACGGACUGGCGGCACGGAUCUCCAUGUUACGCCCGGGGCAAAAGACUUUUAGGUCCCCUGAGGAUCUUUAUUGGGCUCACGUCAUUGGUGGAGAGCCAUGAUCCACUCACCGAGCUGAACUGUCUCUAUUGGGUAUUUACCCCCGGGGGGGCAUUGCCCAACUCACUGCCAGGAAAUAUUUGGCUUAAUGGGAAGAAGCCCCAGUAAUGUAGCAGUGUAAAUAUAAAGCCUGAUUCCCUUCUUCCUGAGAUUGCUAGAAAGCUUCAUUAACCCCCCACACUUUUUUUUUUUUGUUUUUAUUUUUAAGUGCCAACAUUUAUCUUCCCCCCCCCCC